UAAUAAGGUGACGGUGUGAUCGCGUCUGGCGGGCGGCGGCCAUGGCCGUCUUACACGAACGUCAACUGCUUGGUGCCCGCUGGAGGAGGAUUUACACCAUUUACUCCUGAAGUUGGAUUUCUUAAGCCAUUGUUACACCCGUUGCAAGUGCCCUGCUGGUCCUGUGAAGAGACAAGGUCAGUAUGGCACCAGCUAGGAAAAGCAGAAGGCAGGGAAAACCUCCAGCCAAACUUGAUGAAUUUAUCUGCGAAAAAGAGCCAAAUGAGCCUCGCAGAAGUCGGCGAACACCCAAGCUGAGUGAAAAACUUAAAAGUUAUAUGCAUGAGAAAGUUAAUGUGAAAAAAGAAAGAGCUGAAUUCUUGUUGAGUGAGCAAACCAAAAUUUCAAGUGCUGGUUCUUCAGAGACAGAGUUUUCAAAUCUUAAAGAGCAUGAAGCCAAAAGCUUACUGAGGAAACUAUCAAACUAUUAUGUGAAAGGAAAACCAGGACGAAAAAGUAAAAGUAUUGGGGAUAGUACAGUGGCUGUGAAAAGACUUGCAAACUCAUCUUCUCGGACAAAAGUAAGGACCACCAAGAAGACAUCCAGCAUGACUUCUCAUCUCAAAAAUACUGACCCCUCUUCAAAUAAAAAACCAAGGAAGAUGAAAAAGAGGAAGCUGGACUAUGAUUCUUCGCCAAAUGAAGGAAAAACUUCAGGAAGCUAUAAAAAAAUAAGGCGCAAAAGAAACAGCAGCUUGGAAACACAAAAUAAAGGCAUUGCAUCGGGAGACAGUAUCGACGCAGUUACACCUGUCAAUAAAGUCCUAAUGAGCAAGCUUUUGAAUUUUGGUGCUGAAGUUGCUGAAGCCAUGUCUAUAAAUAAUGAGGCAAUAUUUGGCCUGAGCACAAAUGACAGUGCCAGACAAAAUCCUAUUCACUCACUUAAGGUUUAUGAAGCAGAUGGCAUUGAUGAUAAAGAAGUUAACGAAAUUAUCAGUUGGCUAGAGGAAGAGGAGGACCAACGAAGAGCAUACAGAAAAAGAAUACUGGAAUCGUUGAGAGCUUCACAUGACAAUAACAUGGCACUUUAUACAAAGAUGCUACAGGUUAUACAGUCUGUCACUUCAAGUGCCUAAAUUAUAUUGUUUUGUUCAUGUUAUGUGUACAUUUGCACAUAAAUGAAGGACUAUACCUGUAUUCUACUUUAUCUUUGAAUUUUAUAUUAACUUUAAAAGUAUAAGAGAACUUACUUUUGUCACUGCCUUUAAGUUCUUUUUGGAAUCAUAACAGGUGACUGAGUAGUGUUUCAUUAAUACUUAACUAUAAAUAUUUUAUAAUCAAACACAACACCUGGACACAUUGACACAGACUAAAUGAGAAACAUACCUUGUCAGAAAACCUCAUUGCCCUUCCUGAGAAUAAUUAAAAACAAUUGUAUAGUAUUCACCAAAGUAAAAAUGUUUGUUUAUUAAGUUACGGAUAAAUUCUGUAGUUUUGUUGUACUGUACCAUAAUUGUAUUACAAAUAUUGCUCGGUAAUUUUCAUUGCCUCGUGGAAUUGUGGUGGUUUCUCCGUGAGCAGCCAUCCUGAUGCAGGCUUUUUCAUUAUUACACGUCCCUGUAUGCAUCACUCCCACACUAAAUAUUCAACACUUAAGCUUACUGCCUUCCUUUUGCCUUUGAUGUUAUCACUUUCAUUGUGACUGUAACAUUCAGUGAAGUUACCUUUUCUCCUCAUAUCAUAAAUUGCUUUCUUGCUAGCAAUGUAUUCAUUAUAUACUGUGCCUAGAAAUGCUCUUCUCUAUCUUCUGAAUUAUUUCUAUUUUGUUCUCAAAAGUCAUCAUUCAUAUUUGAUUUUUCAUAUUUACAGCUAAGCAUAGCUACAUUUUGAGCUGGUUUAGUGUUGACAUGUCUUUUGUUUUUCAUUAUAAAUCCAAGGAUAUGAGAUUGGAGAUACUUCAGUGCUCAUGCUAUACCGAAAUUGAAUACGAAGUCUUCCUCCAAUCCUUACUACUGUGUGUAUGUUGUGUGCACUCAGGUCGUGUUGCCUCGGGGUGCCUGACUGAUAAAACUAGGCCUAUAGCAGUGAGGCUGAAAGCGGUAGUGUGCAACUAGAUAUCUUACGCAGAAAUUGACUAGCCACACAACCUUGACAUAUCACGGAAUGAAAAUAUUUUCGGUCCAGGAAAGAGGUGUUCAUUUACAAUGUAGUUAACUGUAGGUAUAUUGCAAUUGUUGGUACUGAAAUCUGGUUCUCUUUUGCUGCUUGGUAUUACGCAAGAUCAACUCAAAUAUUUUAGCUUUUGUAUUUUGUGGAAAAUAUUUUACAUCCGAUCUUGAAGAAAAUAGAAUUUUGUGUAAUCAUAGAGUACAGUAAUUGCAACAAAAUUAAAAUAAAUUAAAUAAGAUAUUUUUUGUAUAAAGACAUUGUGGAUAGCUAAUAAUUGAGUGGUAAAUUUAUGAAGAAUUUGAGAAGCGGUAAAAGAUUAUACACACAGGAUAAUUUAAUUUAUAAAUUAUACAUGAAAAUAAGUGUUUCACAUUUUUAGUUGUGCACAUCCAAAAAUUAUACAAAAUAAUGUUAAAUUAUAUGUUUUAUUGUCGUCCACCAUGCAAUGAGAGCUACUGAAAGAGCAUUUCACUCGGAUACUAAAUAAAAUUUGUGUAUAGUUUACAUGAAGUUUCUUAUAUAUAGAGUUCAUGAUGCAUUGUAGUAUAAAGAAGAGAUUCAGUUUUAAUUAUCUUUCUGGUGCAAUUAAGAGAUUUGGUUUGACAGUACAGUAAUUAUCUUGCAAUCUUUAAUAGUUAAUUUUCUUUAUACUGUAUUGACAUAGCAAAUUCUCAUGUUUAGUCAUAUAUUUGUACUGUAGCAUAAUCUAAGAAAAGAUUAGAGUUUCUAGCAUUUCCAUUAUUUGUUAUUUAAAUGUCCCAUAAUGCAUUAAAAUGUUCUUAAUGAUGAGCCUUAUUUUGUUAGACGUGUUACAAGUUUUGUAAAGUUUGUACUGGGAAAUAUUUAAUAAAAUAUAGGCUUUUGCUUGAAGAUUUAUGAAGAUCUAAUGAAGCAAAGGGGCAGCACAAAAUAUAUAAUAACAUUGCUUGUUUUUAACAACUCAUAUACAGUUGGGUACAUAAAUAGUAUACUGGACAUGUACUGUACAUAAAAUUAGUUUGGUUUAUCAUCAAGUGUCUCAUAUAGAGAUACCUUGUAUACUUAUUUUUGUGUGUGCAAUUUUCAUCAUAGUAAAUAAAAUAAAAUUAUC